CCCCCCGAAGUGUUUAAAAGCAGGCAGGAAGCCGUGGGCAGAGCGUGUGAGUGAGGAUGUGCUCUUUCGUGAGAGUGGGGUCCCCCAAAGUAUUGGAAACUUCCCUAGAUCCAGGCACUGCUUUCCCCUCAGAGCUGAGUGCCUGUAGAGAAAUGAGGGCGUCCGGGGGGAAAUCUCCCCCGAACCUGGAGGUCAGAUUCACCCAAGAAGGAAAGGAUGAUUUAGGAGACAGGAGGAUCUUUCCGGGAACAAAGCCUUCUGUGGAGUUGGGGCUUCAAACAGGAUUAGGAAAAGAAGAUUCCUUAUGGUGGAAGAACCCCUUGAUUAAUAAAUAUAAGGAGAGGAUGGCAUUACCAGUGGGUAAGGGGCUUGAGAUGAGAUUAGGAAGUCAAACCAUCUCUAGGAACCCCAUGGAGAGAGGUAAUUUAGGAGUCAACAGGGUCUGUGCCUCACUGGGAAAACCUUGUCCGUGGGUGUUACCAGUAAGAGUCGGGUUAGAAAAUGAGUGUUUUCCAGCAAGAUAUCUCCAUGGAAGGACAAUGCAGCCUCCCUUGGGCAUGGUGUGUUCAAGUUCACAGCCUGCAGGAAGCCAGAGAGGUCCUGUGGCUAGAGGCUCUGAAGGGAUAGAGGCCGUAGUGGGAAAACAGCCUGCUUUAGGUAUGGUAGCCAGACAGGAACAGGAUAAAGAGUCUACCUGUGUUGUGCUGAAACCCAGCACACAGAUGGAGGCCCCUGUGGAGGUGGACAUUGGGCUACCCCAAACAGAGGAGCCAGAUGAAACUAAGAAUUUAGAGCCCCAGAUGGGUUUGGUGAUAGAACCUCCCCAGAACCAGUUUAUCCAACAACCUGAAGAGAAGAAGGAGACUAGAAACAUCAAACCAGGAGUGGAACCUCCAGAUCACAUCAGACCCAUAUACUCUGGGAAAUUUUUUGAUCGGAUGCCUUGCUGGCCAAGUGCAGGGAAAGUGAUUCCAGUUGGAUACAGAGUUGCAACCUCUUUGACUGAAAAACUUCCUAGGCUGAUUACUCCACCUGAGGUGAAAAAGUUUUUCAACUACAGAUACCCACCCCCUGGAGCAGAAAGAGUAUUUUAUGGUAGAGCAAAUGAUCCCCCAGUUGCACCUCAUUUGACACAUGGAAUAAAAUCUAAAAUUACAGUAACGGCAAGCUCAUUGAUAAACCCACAGCCUAUUACCACAUUUCAGCAGAAAAUGAAAGAUAAAAAAGAGUCUAUAUAUUUUAGCAACCAACGUGCACCCUUAGGAAAAUCUCAUGAUCAAAAACCAGGAUUGCCUGAAGGACUGGAUAUAAUCAAUACGACAUUUGGGACAGCAAUCAUCAGAGAACUCUCUGCUAGAGAUGUAGUGAACCCACCAAAAUCCUUUGAAGAAGUAUUUAAAGAAGGAGAAGAAGGACAUGAUUUGUAUAUUGUUUCUCACAAUGAUUACUAUGCGGGAGAAGCAAAGAACAGAAAGUAUAACCCAAGUUUCCAUAGGUUUAAUUUGUAUGGAGUUCCAACACCACAUUUUAAUGAUGGACGAAACAUGGCAAAAAGUUUAUAUUGGCUCCAUGAACUACAAAUGAAAAGAGGAGCCAAGGUUGUAUCCAAGAGAGUUGAUGAUUUCAAAGAGAAGUUUCAACAUAAACUUGGAAAAGUUUUAGAUCCCAUUGCAGAAACAAUGAACGUUCCCCCAGGCCACACAUUUGGAGCUUGUCUCCAUCCUGAGGAAUAUGGAGUUGGCGAUCUGAUCCAUAAUAGACCUUCAGGCGAAUGUCUUCGAGGGAAGGAUAGAGAGCGAGCCCUGAUUGCUGCCGUUCGACAUCACUUGAAGAAAUUUAAUUACCAAAACUUUGACAGUUUGCUGGCAGCCUUCAGGCACUAUGACAAGAAGAGAGACGGGAUGAUAGAUAAAGCAGAGCUUCAGGAAGCUUGUGACCAGGCCAACUUGCAUUUAGAUGAGAAGCUCCUGGAUGAACUAUUUGACUACUGUGAUGUGGAUAAUGACGGCCUGAUUAACUUCCUUGAAUUUGCAAAUUUUCUUAACUGGAAAGAAACAAUGGUUCUUAAAGAUUAUGAAGAGAAGGUCAUUAUUAAAGGUAGAAAACCAGAUUGUGCAAACCCUGCUGAGGCUAAUCUGGAAGAAUCUGAACCAACUCUCCUGAUAAAACCUGAGGAUAUUGUCUUCAAAGAACCAGGGAGCUCAGAAAAGACUGUCCGAACACUUCUGAGACCAAGUGAUAAAGUUUCCAACCACUAUAAGACAACAUCUUCUGAGAUCAAUGCAGUUGUAGGAGCUGUCCCUUCUAUCUGUUACCCCAUCUUUGGUGUUCCAACUGUUCGAUGUGAUAUUCCUGCCCCCCGAAUUCGUCGCAUCAGUGAUAGAACUAAUUAUGGAGAAGAGGGCAAUGCUUAUUCAUUACUACAUCCUACCAUCUUUGCCCAGAAAGGGGUGUUUGAAAGAGACUUCUUCAAGACCAGAUCAAAAGAAGAGAUUGCAGAGAUAUUAUGUAACAUUGGUGUGAAGCUUUCUGAAGAAGAAUUUGAAAAUGUAUGGACUCUUGCAUCAAAAAAACAUCACAGAGGUGAAGUUUGUGUGGAGAACAUCAGAAAUGUUCUGGAUGAGCUACAGCAUGCAGACCGGAUCAAGUGUAAAACAACCAUGUGAUAUUUUUGGAGCUUAUGAAUUUAAACAAAAGAAUAGUUAAAUCUGUGUUCAUCCAAAAUGUUUGACCCAUUCUGAUUUUUUAUAUGAUCUGAGAAUUCAGCAUUCACUCUGAUAGGAUAUAUAAUGCCUUCAUGUGUUUUACUAAUAAAUGAGGAUUUUGGAAUUUAAAAUUUGUCGCUUUCCAUCAAGCACGCAAGAAUUUUACAGCUUGACAAGCGCUUAAAGAGUUAACUUUCAACUUCACCAAAGGCAUAGUUCAGAACAAUAUUAGAUGUUAUGUAAUUUUUAGUAGACCUGAGAAUUUGGUCUGGUUUGUGAUACUAUGUUCAUAAAAUUUUGCCUUCAACAUUUCAUUGUUCUCUUUAGGAUUCAUUAUGAAAAGAAUCUUAGCAGACUUUCAGUCUUUAUUAGCAUCUGAGGAAAACAAACUUACAAGGAGCAGAAUUUAGAUAGUAAA